AUGCCACACAGGAACGCAGUGUCGUGGACCACGGCCAUGGCAUUCUUCUCUUCCUCCGGAAGCCACCACCUUUCCAAGCUCGUUUUCGACGACAUCCCAGAGCGAGACCUCGUCUCGUGGAACGUUUUCCUCAACGGGUAUGCCGCCGGCGGGCAUACGCAGGGAUCGCUCGAUACGUUCCACCGGAUGCCUCAGUGGAGCGUCGUGUCAUGGACGACGCUGGUCACGUCCUUCUUGCAGAAUCCAAGCUCCCACACCGAAGCAAGAUCGCUGUUUGAUCAAGCUCCAGAGAGAAACUCUGUGCUGUGGAAUGCGGUGGUGGGAACGUAUGCCCACUCGGGGCAUAUCGUCGAAGCCAAGGCGCUCUUCGAUCGAAUGCCGCUGCACGAUCUUGUCUCGUGGAACUCGCUGCUGGUGGGAUACAAGGAAGAGGACGAUCGCGAGCGAGCAGUGGACUUGUUUCGAUCCAUGCCGGAGAGGAACGUCAUGUCCUGGAACACGAUGAUCGCGCUAGAUCCACUCCAGGGGAAGGAGUUUUUCGCGAGGAUGGCGAUGUGGAGCCUGGCGUCGUGCUCGGCGAUCCUCCAAGCAUACGCCGCGCAUGGAGAGAUGCGCGAGGCCAGGGACUUCUUCGAUGCGAUGCCGCAGAGAGACGCCCUGGCGUGGACGUGCUUGAUCUCUGGCUAUGCCUGGCUGGGGCAUAGCACCGCCGCAAAGAACACGCUGGAUCGAAUGCCCGCCUGGGACGUCGUCUCGUGCACGGCGAUGAUCCACGGGCACGUCCUCGCGCUGGAUCACGCCGCGGCUAAAGAGAUCUUCGAUUCCAUGCCCGAGAGGAACGCGCUCAGCUGGAACACGCUGCUCCAAUCCGCCGCGCAGCACUCCAGCUCCUCCUGUCGAUCAAUCGCCGGGCGGAUGCCCUGCCACAACGCAGUGUCGUGGAGCAUCCAGCUCGCGUCACUCGCCCAGCGCGGCGCGAUCGAUGCGACGAGGCAUGAAUUCAAUUCCUUGGUAGAGGGCGAUCCAGUGUCGUGGACUGUGAUGAUCCAGGGGUAUGCCCAAAGCGGGCAUCCACAGGUAGCGCUGGAUCUCUUUGGGCGGAUGUGCGUCGAGGGGAUCGAGGCGACGGACGUGACAUUCGUGGCGGUGCUCACGGCGUGCGCGCACGCCGGGAUGAUCGAGCAGGGCGUGGCCAUCGCGUCGCGGGCGGAGAUCGAUUUUGGGGUCAGGAUUGGGAUCCAGCACUACCACUGCCUGGUCGAUCUUCUGGGAAGAGCGCAUCACCUGGAUCGCGCGGAGGAGCUCGUGGAGACGAUGCCCUUUGUGCCGGAUGCGUAUAGCUGGACGACGCUGCUGGCGGCGUGCUCGAUCCAUGGAAGAUCUGGCGAUAACGCCGCGAGGAGAGCAGUGGCGUGCGAUCCGGGCCAUGGAGCUCCAUACCUCAAAUCCUGCGGCGCCGCCAGGGAUCUGGCUCGCGGCCAGCAGCUCCACACCCGGAUCGCCGCCGAUGGGCAGCAGCAGCUCCAUCGCCACCAUUUCGUCGCGAAUGCCCUGGUGGAGAUGUAUGGCAAGUGUGGCAAUCUGGGCGAUGCCCGGGACGCGUUUGCUUCCAUCCGCUGCCCCAACACCUUCUCCUGGAACAUCCUCAUCGCCGCGCACAUAGAGAAUGGGGACACUACCUCCGCUGUUGCCAUCUUCAACGCCAUGCCCGAGAGGAAGAACGCCAUCACCUGGACGAUGAUGCUGCUGUUGUACGCGCGGAGCGGCGAUGUCGAGAAAUCAUGGGCGAUCUUCCUCGCCAUUGCGGAUCGGAACUGCGGCGCUUGGAACGCAAUGAUCACCGCAUAUGCCCAGAACGGGCAUUCGGAAGAGUCGUCUCGGGUGUGGGCGAAGAUGCCCGAGUGGAAUGUUGUCUCGACCACCGCUCUUCUUACUGGAUACGGCGCAAGCGGGAAUGUCGUUCGUGCUUGGGAGAUGUUUGUAAAGAUGCCCGGCCGAGAUGCUGCUUGCUGGAACGCUAUGAUCACAGCAAAUGCCCAGAAUAGGUAUGUUGACAAUGCAACCAUCUUGUUUAACAAGAUGCCUCUACACAAUGUGGUGACAAUCACAAUGCUUAUCUCUGUUCUCGACGUAGACUCUGCCAAGUCUACAUUUGAUUCUAUGCCGGGGAGGAAUUUAAUUUCGUGGAACGCUAUGCUCACGGCUUAUGCCCGCGCCGGGCAUGUCCUCGAGGCGUCCAAGAUGUUUGAAUCGAUUCCCGAGCGCGAUAUUGUGGCCUGGAACUCGAUGAUUGACGCGUUUUCAGAGAACGGCGAGAUAGCAAAAGCGCAGGAGGUCUUUGAUCGAAUGGCGGCUCGAAAUGCCAUGUCGUGGACAAGCAUCGUGGCGGCAUAUGCCCGGAAAGGGCAUCUGGCGCUGGCUUGGUGCAGAUUCGCCGAGAUGCCGGUCCGGAACGUUGUGGGGUGGAGCUCGAUUAUUCAGGCGUCUGCGCACUGCGGACUCUAUGAUCGUGCGCUUGAGCUGUUCCGUGAGAUGGUUCUUGAGGGAGUGAGAGCAAAUUCAGUGACCUUUCUGGGAGUUCUCUGUGGGUGUUGCCAUGGUGGGAGAAUAGCCAAGGCUCGGCAGCAUUUUCUCUCAAUGAUUGGUGACUAUGGAGUAGCCCCAAUCUACGAGCACUACCGCUGCCUGAUUGAUGCUCUUGGAAGAGCCAAGCAGCUUGAGCAAGCUGAGGAUUUGAUGUGGAGUAUGCCCUUCUUGCCAGAUGUUCAUGCCUGGACUAGCUUGCUAAGCGCUUGUAGAGUUCUUGGUGAUGUAGAACGAGGAAGUCGCAUUGCCAAGAAGAUUGUGGAACUCUUUCCUAAAGACCCAGCCUCCUAUUUAUUAGUUUCUAACAUGGUGACCUACAAAACAGAUUUAUAA